AUGAUCAUUCCGGGUCCUUCAUCUCCGGGAAAUGAUAUAGAUGUGUACCUACAACCAUUAAUUGCAGAAUUAAAGGAAUUAUGGGAAGCUGGGAUAGAAACUUAUGAUGCUGAAACCAACCAAACAUUCCGAAUGCGUGCAGCCUUAUUGUGGACAGUUAGUGAUUUUCCAGCAUUAGCAAUGGUUUCUGGAUGGAGCACCAAAGGGAAACUGGCAUGCCCCACUUGUAAUUAUGACACAUGCUCUCAAUAUCUCAAUCAUAGUCGUAAGAUGUGUUACAUGGGUCAUAGGAGAUUUUUGCUUCGCGAUCAUCCAUUAAGAAAAGAUAAGAAAUCAUUUAAUGGUCAGGAGGAGCAUAGACCUGCACCAACUCCUUUGUCGGGUGUAGAGGUAUUUGAAGAGCUGCGUGAAUUCAACAAUGUGUAUGGAAAGGGAAAAAAAAAAAAGGGCCUCGGGAUAAUAAGGUUCCCUGGAAAAAAAGAUGGAAAGUCAAAGGAUCAUGUAAAUUCUCGCUAUGACUUACAAGAAAUGGGGAUACGGAAGGAGCUACAACCAAUAGAAGAUGAUAAUGGUUGUUUAAGUUUGGCUCGAGCUUGUUUCUCCAUGAAGCCAGAACAGAAACGGGUGUUUUGCACAGUCAUAAAAAAUGCCAAAUUACCAAAAGGGUAUGCUUCGAAUAUAUCACAACGUGUGCAAGUGAAGGAGAUGAAAAUAUCAGGGUACAAGAGCCAUGAUGCUCAUUUUAUAAUGCAUUACCUUCUCCAAGUUGCUGUUAGAAAAGCUUUGCCCAAGAAUGUUUCGCUGACCUUGAUUAGAAGCAUCAAUAGCAGAGGGGUUCUGGCUGAAGAGUGCUUGACUUUUUGUUCGAGAUACCUACACGAUGGCGUGAAGACAAGAUUUAGUAGGUACCAAACUGAGGAUGACGACUGCCUUCAAAAUUUGUCACCUAUAUUCCCUAACAUAGGUCAUCCAAUUGGAAGAGAGAAGAAAAAGAGAAACACUUUUCUUAUGGAUUCACAAUCCAAAGAUGAAGCACAUCGGUAUGCUCUGUUCAAUACUGGAGAUGAACAAGUGGAGAAGUUAAUUGAGGAACAUAAGAAUUUGAUAGUGCCAGAUUAUUUACGAGGGCUAGCUCAAGGGCCUAAUUCGGUGGCCAAAAGAUAUACUGCAUAUUUUAUUAAUGGAUACCGAUUUCAUACGAAAACCCGAGAUGCACCCCGCAAGACUCAAAAUAGCGGAGUGACUUUAUCAGCAACAACUGAUAGUUUUGCUAGUGCUAGGGACCAAAAUCCCAUUGAUGGAGAGGUUAUCUAUUAUGGAGUUAUUCAAGAUAUCAUUGAGAUUGAUUAUUAUGCAUCGCAAGUCCCGGUAGAUUUCUAUGAUUUAGAGGAAGAGAAUUGUCCCAAUAUCAGAGACACAUUUUGGAGGGAACCUAAUGAUGACAUUGGUUCCUCAAGUAGAUUACCUGAUGUUGACAAUGGCAGGUCAAGAGAAGACAUGCCUGUUGAUGUUGUUGACGUGCCAUUUCGUGCACAAGAUUUAGAAGAAACAAUUAGAGAAUCAUCAGAAGAGGAGGAUGACAUUGAUGAUACUGAUUGGGAUUGGAUGGAAGAGGAUGAUUAA